UAAAGGAGAGGCGUUGAUCACGGGAUGCACUAAUCUCUAACCUUCCUUGUACUUUGUGUCUCCAGCUGUACUUAAUAAAAAUUGAAGAGAGUAUUUUUCUGAUAUUCUGUAACCCUACUAUCUAACCCUUCAUGCCCCUCUAUCUCCAAAUCUAUCAUCUAUGCAGAACCCUUCACCCCUCUAUCUCCAAAUCUAUCAUCUAUGUCUUCUCUCUUGCAAUCUAUGCCUUCUCUCUUAUUCUGCUGAACAAAAGGAGAGUCAUGGCAAUAAUAAAUAUCAAAUUCAUUCGGUUCAUCUCCCAAUCUUGUACACCAAAUUUGUAUUGGUUUACAUGAAUUGGAAUUGAAGAAUAGCAAGGGAAUUUUGUUUACAUCCCUUUAUCGAUAAGAAAAUCUUAAAGGGUUUUAGAUCUCUUUAUCGAUAAGAAAAUCUAAAGGGUUUUAGAUCUCGAUAAGAAUUGAUGCGUUCAUCUCAAUCUCCUGCAUAUUUCAUUAAGCCCUUAAGUAUUGCCAAGGCCGAGUCGAGGUAAUAUGUUCUUAAUCUAGCAUUACACGGAGUGACAUAAUGUUGCUAUUUUUGUCAAUCCCACGAAUUUUAUUUGGUUGAUGUAUUUCAUGCUUUAAUAAUUUAUUUAUUGUUUUACCGUCUUAAAUUCUCCCAACCAAUGAGCAAGUCCUGUUAAAUAUAUAUUUUGGAAUGAAUAUAGUUUAAAUGUAUUACUGUAUACAAUUAUUUGACCCCUUAUUUAUUUUCAAUGUAGUAUCAAUUUAGUUAAUUAACUUUUUACUUCGUUCAGAUUCCUAUGUGAAUUUUCUGUAUAGAUCAAUUUGUAUAUCCGUCCAAAUGUUAAGUUAAUAACAUAAUAUCAAUUUUGAUGAAUAGCAAAGUCGAAUUUGGAAAACAAAAUAGAACAAAUAUACUUGGUAUUCCUUAAUAAAAGUAGAAAUAAAUGGUCUCCUUAUUAAAAAGCAUACUAAUUAGUAAGCAUGGUUGAAUUGAUAGUUUAAAUUUAUGAUGCAUCUCAUACAUAAUAAGGGUGGAUUUAGAAAUUCCCAAGUUAAAAUAUAUCCCAACAUCCCUACAAAAGCCCAUAAGUUUAGAAAUUCACAAAUAAAAAUAUCCCAUUCUCCCCUACAAAACCAUUUUUGUAUUUUGAAAUUCCCCAAAAUCAAAAAUGAAUACCUAUGUUCUUCAAGCUUCAAAUCUUCAAGUUUCAAAUCGUCAAGUGUCAAACAAUCUGAAUUUUCAAAAGGUUUUAAAGGUUAGAGAGUCAAAGGGAAACCUGACUUUUCCAAAGCUUAAAAAUUUUCAGGUUUCAAGCUUAAGUGGUUGCUUCAAUUUGAGCUUGGGAAAUCUUCCUUUUACUAAGCGCCCUUCGUGUACCGUUAGUGCCCUUUCCAAAGCCGAGGCCGACUCCCAAUACGAGAAGUAUGGGAAAAAGAUUUCCUAUGGAGGGUUAAUUCCCGUUUACGAUGUAGUUAAGGAAUACAAGGAAUACCACACUGAUCUCACUGAAAAUCCAAAGCCGGAUUUGUUCCUUGGAAAAAUCAGGUGGUACCACUUUGAACACGCUGCACUUUACUAUAAAGGCAAUUUCUGGAGCAUUGUCAAGUUUGUUCCGGUAGAGGCUCUCUUCAAAGCAACACAAAAGUGCCCCUGCACCUUCCAGCUAGCAAAUGGCGAUAACUCGGAGUUUGUCAAUGUCCAAUUUUAUCCCGAUGGUGACUUCUACUACUGUGUUUACCGUAUUGUGUGAGAUUGUGUGAGAAAGUGUCUGUUUUGUGAAUAAGUUUUGAAACUGAGUGGUGGAGGCCUAGUUUGGAAUCCCAUAACUUUUUGCUCAUGGUAAUUUCAAUUCCCAAAAAGUAUUUCAACAAUCCUAAAUCUUUCGUUUGAAACUGAUUUUGAAGGAAAGACUUGAGAGAUGUAAUAACAAUAUCAUUUACUUGGAUAGUUAAAUGUGAUAACUAUAACUAAAUGUUCAAUAACAGUAAUUGUAAUUGUAAUUACUAGUAAAAGUACUCUCGAUAA